UCAUUCCCUUUCUCUUUCGUCGUUUUUCUGUUCCAAGAGUUUUAACUUCUUUUUCCCCUCAUCAAAAUCACUGAUUUCUUCUAUGGGCAGUGUUUUUUUUCUAUUAAAAAUUGAAUUUUUACGACAAUUUUGAAUCAAGCUUAUAUUUUUUUGUUCUGUGAAUUUCAAUUGUAUGAUUUGACACUGAAUGAAACGGUAGGAUUUUGAGCAUUUUGCAAUUAUGGGUUCAGAAUGUCACUGAUAUUUGACUUCUGACAGUCACAUUUUAUCACUACUAGUACCAUUUUUUUUUCUUCUUUAAACAAUUAAGCAAACGUUACCACUUCUUGAUAGGCCAUGGCUACAGUUAAAAAGAAAGUGAUAGCUAUAUGUCAAUCAGGAGGUGAGUUUGUGAGCAAUACAGAUGGAUCAUUGUCAUACAAUGGAGGUGAUGCUUAUGCAAUUGACAUUGAUCAGGACACUAUUUUGUCUGAUUUCAAGUCUGAAAUUGCUGAAAUGUUUAACUGCAAUGUGGACACCAUGAGCAUCAAGUACUUUCUUCCGGGCAAUAAGAGAACACUCAUUACGGUUUCCAAAGACAAGGAUUUACAACGCAUGGUUAGUUUUCUUGGAGAUGCUACCACUGUUGAUGUGUUUGUGUUAACUGAGGAAGUUGCGGCUCGAAACACUUCCAACAUGCCUGCUAGUAGGUCAAGUAGGACAACUGUGUCAGAAGCUGUUGUUCCUGAUGUUCUCCCUAUUAAUAUAGCAGCUGUUGAUGCAGCCCAAUCCAUUGAACAAGUUGAGAUAGAUGUAGCUAAUGAAGCCCCUGCUCAAUCUCUUUGUUCUGGGGCCAAUGAUGAUAAGCCUCAUAGAGCAGCACAGCAGUGGGAAAAUACCAUCACUGGUGUCGACCAAAGGUUUAAUAGUUUUAGUGAAUUCCGAGAGGCAUUGCAUAAAUACUCUAUUGCGCAUGGUUUUGCUUACAGAUAUAAAAAAAACGAUAGUCAUCGUGUCACGGUCAAAUGUAAAUCUCAGGGCUGUCCCUGGAGAAUAUAUGCAUCGAAGUUGUCUACCACUCAGUUGAUUUGCAUCAAGAAAAUGAACAGAAAUCAUACUUGUGAAGGAUCAGCUGUCAAAGCUGGGUAUCGUGCAACUAGAGGUUGGGUGGGAAGUAUUAUAAAAGAGAAAUUGAAAGCUUCACCCAAUUACAAGCCAAAGGAUAUUGCAGAUGACAUAAAGCGCGAGUAUGGGAUACAGUUAAAUUAUUCUCAAGCAUGGCGUGCAAAAGAAAUUGCUAGAGAACAACUUCAAGGCUCCUAUAAAGAAGCAUAUACUCAAUUGCCAUUCUUCUGUGAGAAGAUAAAAGAGACAAAUCCAGGUAGUUUUGCAACAUUCACGACGAAAGAGGACUCAAGUUUCCAUCGUCUUUUUGUAUCAUUCCAUGCCUCAUUAACUGGUUUCCUGCAAGCCUGCCGCCCUCUCAUUUUCCUUGACAGAACUCCUUUGAACUCAAAGUAUCAAGGAGAAUUAUUAGCUGCAAUUUCUGUCGAUGGAAAUGAUGGCAUUUUUCCUGUAGCCUUUGCUGUUGUAGAUGCCGAAACUGAAGACAACUGGCAUUGGUUUCUGCAGGAGCUGAAAUCAGCUUUAUCAACAUCUGAGCAGAUUACAUUUGUUUCAGAUUUUCAGAAUGGGCUAAAAAAGUCAUUGUCUGAAAUAUUUGAAAACUGCUACCAUGGCUAUUGUUUACGUCACCUUGCUGACAAACUGAACAGAGACUUGAAGGGGCAAUUCUCUCAUGAAGCCAGACGUUUCAUGGUUAAUGAUUUUUAUGCCGCUGCAUACGCAUCCAAACCAGAAGUUUUUGAACGUAGUAUUGAGAAUAUAAAAGGUAUUUCUCCUGAAGCCUACAACUGGGUCAUACAAAGUGAGCCAGAGCACUGGUCCAAUGCAUUCUUCAAUGGAACUAGGUAUAAUCAUAUGACAUCAAAUUUCGGACAGCAAUUUUACAGUUGGGUCUCAGAGGCGCACGAGUUGCCAAUUACUCAAAUGAUUGAUGUAUUACGAGGUAAUAUGAUGGAAACAUUUAGCAUGCGACGCGAGGAGUCUAAUCAAUGGAUAACAAAAUUGACACCUUCCAAGGAGGAAAUGAUCCAAAAGGAAGCGUCAGAUGCUCGCUCACUACAAGUGUUGCUCUCACAAGGUACCACAUUUGAGGUCUGUGGAGAAUCUGUUGAAAUGGUCGAUAUUGAUAAUUGGGAUUGUAGCUGCAGGAGAUGGAAACUUAAUGGCCUUCCUUGCUGCCAUGCUAUUGCUGUCUUUGACUGUGUUGGUAGGGACCUAUAUGAUUAUUGUUCCAGAUACUUCACAGUUGAGAAUUACAGAUUAACAUAUGCAGAAUCAAUUCACGCUCUUCCGGAUAUUGACAGACCAGUCCAGGUUGAACCGGAUAUGACAGUUACCAUAGUAACCCCUCCACCAACUAAGCGGCCUCCUGGCCGGCCAAAAACAAAGCAGGUUGAAUCGAUAGACAUAAUUAAACGUCAGCUUCAAUGUGGCAAAUGCAAAGGGCUUGGCCACAAUCGGAAGACGUGCAAACUUCCCUAGUUUUGCAGCAUAGGAAUUUUGAAUAAAGCAAGAUGCAAAUAUUUUCACAUGAUAGAGAAUGGCAAUGGAGAGUGGUUAUAUGGAUCUGGUUUGAGUCUCCAAAUUCACAGGCUUCCUGUCUAGAGUUUAGUCAGUUUCUUUUUUCUUGUUUUACUCUCGAUCAAUUGUUAUCUGGCAGAGAACAAAUUACUUCAAUUUAGAUAGAACCAAAACCAUGUGUUUUUCUGGGUGGAGUUUGGUCAUUGCCAUUGUCUAAUAAUUUAAAUUUAUUGAUUUGAUGGAGUAGUGUUUGGGGGAGCCAUUUUUAGUAUUCAAAGUUGUACAAUUCUUCUUGACAUCAUGACUGGUGGGAGAUAUCUUUAGCUACAAGCAAGAGCUUUUUGAAUGAUAUGUAUUUAGAGAUAUUUUCAUGAUAGUAGUUUAAGAUUAAUUUCUCCUUAUUGGAGACAAAUGUAGAUUUGUUUUUAGCCCAAACAAGUAAUGUAUCUUUACGUGCUUUUGCUUAUCAA